GCCGCACUUGCCAUUCAGGAUGCCCGGGUUCACGUGCUGUGUCCCUGGUUGCUAUAACAACUCGCACCGCGACCGAGACCUGCGCUUCUACACCUUCCCGAAGGACACGGCGCAGAGGGAAAUUUGGUUGAAGAACAUCUCCCGGGCCGGCGUGAGCGGCUGCUUCAGCACGUUCCAGCCCACCACGGGACAUCGCGUGUGUAGCUCACACUUCCCUGGGGGCCGCAAGACGUACAGCAUCCGCGUGCCCACGCUCUUCCCGCUGCGCGGGGUCAACGAGUGCAGGAGCCGUCGCGGCCGCAGAAGGAAGGUAUCCACCACGCUACCGCUCGUCACCGGACUAAUUACGCUGAGCCCCGCGGAGGGUGGUGCGGGGGACAGCAGGCUCCAGGAGGCGAGCCCCGUGGACCUGACGCUGCCGGGCGACGGUCACUGCCUCUCGGCCUUGGAGGGCUUUUCACCCGCUUGUAUCGUCACCCCCCCGCUGCCCACUGUCACCAGUGCGGCGCCCGUCGUGCCCGCGCGCCCGGCCUCCCCGCGCUCCACCAGCGCCCUGGACCACCCGUACUCGCUGGGCGCGGGCACCACUGCGGUCGAGCUGCUCAAGAAACUCAAUGAACAGCGUGACAUCAUUGCCUUGCUGGAGGUGAAGAUGAAGGAAAUGAAGAGGGCGAUCCGGCAGCUGCGCGUCACCGAGGCCAAGCUGCGCGAGGAGGUGCGCGAGCGGGAUCGCAUGCUGACCGCUCAGGGUGUGCGCAGGAGGGUCUGACACAUGCAGCGGGACAGGCGACCAGCAUGGGUACAGGACCCAAGGAAUUACACACAAAAACCCACCUGCUUUGUUCUACAUGAGUUUACAUCUAGUUUGGCACUAAAGAACCUGCCACAGGGGCUUGAGGUUCCUCAUUUCACCAGCCACACACAGUGUGACAACUGUUGAAUGCUGGACUGUGGUUCCACUUUUCAGCUUGGCCCUGACUCCAUCAGCCUGCUCCAUUGAAAUGGUGUGACCCCAGUGCAUCCCCCGGGAAGGGUCCAUGAAGUCGGUGAUGAAAGUGGACUACGAUGUGCCCAAAUGGUCCAAGCUUACCUAUUUCUCAUGUGGAGCCCCCUUCUGGUCACCUGGCCGUCUUGUCAACAUUAUUCUUAAAGUAUUUCACACAAGACAUAUGUGUUGGUGUGGGUGCUGAAAGAACUUGGGGACCACUUUGGGGAUAAGACUGUGUAAACAUUUUACUGCUCAUGUUGUUCUCUCUUGAGUGGUGGUACAGAAUCGUGGCAGUUUGUAUUCCAUUCUGGCCCUCACUGAUACAGAAGAUGUUAUAGGUUGGGGGAAAAAAAUUGUCGAAAUGUUUGCAAACUUCACCGCUGCCAUCUCUCGUAUUCUCCGAUGUGAAUGUGAGAUGGCCUUCCAUGAAAAAAAUUACCAGACCUCUAUAGACUAUGAAAGAUGACACCAGCAGAAAGUGUGUUCACAGAACCGUUCAGUGAUGUCACAGCAGUUUGUCAAAUGAAUCAGCCAGUAGUUCAAAAAUAGAUGUAUUACAUGAGGUUUAGUGAGGGCUCUGUCAUAAUGAUUACUAGCACACCUCUGUUGGAUUGUACCAUGUUACAUCGUACGUGUUUGUUGUUGGAGCUGGUUGAGAACACUAAAAUCAGAGCCACUGCACACACUGACUGAAACCGCUUAUCCAGAGUGGAGGCUGUGGCGAGCCGGAGCCUAAC